AUGUGGGACGAACUGAGACUUCCGUUCCAAGCUGGUGCAUUGGGGAGUCGAAUCGUCAUAACCGCUCGUAGUGAAAAGGUUGCAAUGGCGAUGGGAAACAUCCACAUGCACAAAUUGGAGGCCUUAUCUGAUGAGGAUUGUUGGUUAAUGUUCAGCCGCAGUGCAUUUGGUGAUCAGAGUGCAGAAGAGCGUUUGGAGUUGAAAGAGAUCGGACAGGGAAUCGUAAAGAAAUGUGGAGGCAUACCACUCGCAGCAAAGACAAUAGGGAGUGCCAUGCAGUCGAGAAGGACGAGAAGGCAGUGGGAGCUCGUCUUGGAAAGUGAAACAUGGAAUUUAGUGGAUGUCAUGGAAGGAAUUUUACCAGCUUUGUUACUCAGCUACUAUGACUUGCCUCCUGCUCUGAAGCAGUGCUUCGCGUAUUGCUCUAUUUUCCCCAAAGAUUGGGAGCUAGAAAAGGAUACGAUAGUUAAGUUAUGGAUCGCACAAGGCUUCAUCGGCUCCGACACAAGUGAAGAUAUGGAGGAAAUUGGUGGGCUGUAUUUUGAUGAUCUAUUAAGACGAUCGUUACUCCAAGAUGCAGAAAUGGGUAGUAAUGGCAGCAUAUUCAGUUGCAAGAUGCAUGAUUUAGUUCAUGACCUCGCACAAUCUGUUGCAGGAAAUGACUGUUUGAUUGUGGGGAUGACACAGCAGGCCAAUCUGAACCUAAACAAGGUCCACCAUUCUUUCAUCUUCAGUUCAUCUAUGUUUGAAGUAACUUCAAUUUCAUCCACCUUUCAUAAGGCCGACAAGUUGCGAACAUUGCUAGUCUCCCAUGGAUCAAGAGUUUUUCCUCCUAAAUUGGAAAUGUCGCUAAUGAAACAAGUAAGAAUCUCAAUUCGUCUCCACAAAUUAUUUCAUCAUUUGCAAUGCCUUAGGGCAUUAGACAUGACCGGAGCUAAGAUUGUGAAAUUGCCUCGAACAGUAGGACAGUUGAAGCAUUUGAGAUAUCUCGAUUUGUCUUACUCAAAUAUCGAAGAGAUCUCUGCUGGGUUAAUUAAUUGCGUAAAUUUACAGACCUUGAUACGCAAUGCCUGUGAAUGGCUAAGAAAACUGCCUAGAGAAAUGAGAAAAAUGAUUAGCCUCAGACAUCUAGAACUUGAGAGGACCAACAAUCUAAGCUACUUACCCAAAGGGAUAGGGAGACUAAGUACUCUUCAAACAUUAACAAAAUUCAUUGUGGGUGGCAACCAUGGUGUGGAUGGAUGUGAUUUAGGAGAAUUGAAACACCUUAACCUCCUUCAGGGAAGCCUUGAUAUAACCCAAUUGCAAAAUGUGUCAAGCCAGGAGGAAGCUAGGGAAGCAGAAUUGUAUAAGAAGAGGCACCUUCAUACUCUCUCCUUAUACUUCAACUACCCCACAUACGGAGAGGAAGUGGGAGAUGAAGAGAAGAGGGAGGAGAAGACAGGCCCAGGAUUGCCCAUAUCCCUUCUGUCCGCAUUUUUUAACUGA